AUGUCCGGGAGCAGCGGGAGGCCCCAGGGUGCCGGCACCCUCAGCCUGGACCUCGUGGGCCCCACGGCCAGCAGCGAGAAGCAGCAGCAGCCAGAGGACGCGGGCUGUGGGGACGCCAGCGCCUGUGAGCAGGGGGGCGCGGGGAAGACCCAGGGAAUCACAGAGUUCCAGGCCUUGGUGCACCUGGUGAAAGGCAACGUGGGCACCGGGAUCCUGGGGCUGCCCCUGGCCAUGAAGAACUCGGGCGUGCUGGUGGGCCCCAUCAGCCUGCUGGCCAUGGGCUUUGUGGCUACCUACUGCAUGCAUAUCCUGGUCAGGUGUGCCCAGCACCUGUGCCGCAGACUCAACAAGCCCUUCCUGGACUACGGGGAGACAGUGAGGUACAGCCUGGAGGCCAGCCCCAACGCCUGGCUGCGCAGACAUGCACACUGGGGCAGGCGCACGAUCAUCUUCUUCCUGGUGGUCACCCAGCUGGGCUUCUGCUGUGUGUACAUCGUGUUUCUGGCCGACAACCUGAAGCAGGUCGUGGAGGUGGCCAACAGCACAACGGCUGACUGCGGGGCCGGGCACGCGGCCGAGCCGGUGCCCACCAUGGACUCGCGCCUCUACAUGCUGGGCCUGCUGCCGGCCCUGGGCCUGCUGGCGAUGUUCCGGAACCUGCGCGUGCUGACCGUGCUCUCGCUGCUGGCCAAUGCCAGCAUGCUGGUCAGCCUGGCCAUCUUGACCCAGUACAUCGUGCAGGACAUCCCUGACCCCGGCCGGCUGCCGCUGGGGUCCAGCUGGAGGACGUACCCGCUCUUCUUCGGCACGGCUGUGUUCUCCUUCGAGAGCAUUGGCAUGGUGCUGCCCCUGGAGAACAAGAUGAAGGACGCCCGCCGCUUCCCGAUCAUCCUGUCGCUGGGCAUGGCCCUGGUCACUGUCCUCUACACACUGGUGGCCGUGCUGGGCUACCUGCGCUUCGGGGAUGAGAUCGAGGCCAGCAUCACCCUGAACCUGCCUAACUGCUGGCUGUACCAGUCUGUGCGUGUCCUCUUCGUCCUGGGCAUUCUCUGCUCCUACGCGCUGCAGCUCUACGUCCCCGCCGAGAUCAUCGUCCCCUGGGCGCUGGCCCGGGUGCCGGAGCGCUGGGCCCUGCCACUGGACCUGGCCGUCCGCCUGGCCAUGGUGGGCCUGACGGGCGUCCUGGCCGUCCUCAUCCCCCGCCUGGACCUGGUCCUGGCCCUGGUGGGCUCGGUGAGCAGCAGCGCGCUGGCCCUCAUCAUCCCGCCCCUGCUGGAGGUGGCCACCUUCUCCUCGGAGGGCCUGAGCCCCCUCACCCUCGCCAAGGACGCGCUCAUCAGCCUCCUGGGCCUCCUGGGCUUUGCGGUGGGCACCUACCAGGCGCUGGACGAGCUCCUCCGGCCGGAAGUCCCCUCCGCCAACUCCACCGCCCUGGUGCACUGAGACCCUGGGACCCCCACAGCCCCUCACGGCAGACCCCUCUGCGCUCCGCCCCCGCCCAGGAGCUGGGACUCGUCCCCACGCCGGUGCCCCCCCCCCCCCCCGCCCCGGGCCACAAGAGCCGCCGGAUUCUGCGCAACUUUGGGGCAAGGCUUCGUCGACACUGACCCCGAGGCGGCCGGCGGCCGGGGCGUGAGCACGGCUCCCCUCACUGAGGGGACAGGGCGGGUAGCAGGCCACGAGGGUCGCGGGCAGGUCUGGGUGCCAGCCACAGAGGCGGGUCAGACUCAGCCCUGCCCAGCGACUGGGAGGGGUCAUGCUGAUGACCAAGGCUCAGGGGCCCCCCUAGGACUCUGGGGAGGGGGCCUGCAGGCCGGGCCCACGCUGUCCCCGGAGCUCCUUCUGUGGAGGAUCCUGGUGGGGAGACGGGACCCCCAGGCCAGUCCCGCGCCCGCUGGCCCUCUGGUUUACAGAGAGUCCCAGGGGCCUGGA